AUGGCCGACUACGAUCGAAAAGUACUCGAAUUCUACCAGCUUCCCAACCCGUAUCCUGUAGAAUGGCCUGCAGAAAAGGACGCUGGUGAGGAGUCCGCCGACGAGCAGGAAUCCAAGAAGGGUCGACGGAAGUCUCGCUAUGAAGCUCUCGAAUCGGCAUUUGGUGGGCGAAGGAGCAUAUUUGGAGAAAGUGGACAAGGCUCUCUGAGCAGCCUGGUCCAAAAGGACGAAGUUGAUCCCUUGGGUACCUCGGACAGUGUUGUCCGAUCGUUGGAGCAGCUGGGCUUGCCUGUGCAAGAUGAUGCGCGACUGCGAAAUCGAUUCUUGUUGUCUUCAACAACCUUCUCCCCUGCCCUGUUUCUUUCACAAAUGCACUCAACUGCAGACACGAGGACAUUACUCCAAGGCCUCGAUGUUCUGUCGCAAUCCAUUGAUCAGAAAUCAGCAUCACUCAAGGUUCUUGUUGAAAGCAACUUUGAGCGCUUCGUCAAAGCCAAGGCUACCAUUGACAAUGUCUACAAGGAAAUGAAGUAUCGUGGUAUCGACCCCGUCCAGCAGCGACAAUCCGGCCGCCAUUCGCGCCAUACUAGUCGUACGAGCUUUGGCCGUAGCAGCGCCGGUGGCGCUCAAAUCGGUCUCAACAAUCCGCUUGCUCUGCCUAUGUCUGACAGCCGCAAGAAGAACGCUCUAGUCAAAGAAAGCGAAUACGGAGUCAUGGGUAUCAAGGCCCCAUUGUUAGACGUGUCAGCCAAGGCUGAAGAUGUUUGGGGCCCAGCGCUGGGCGGUCGCGAAAAGGAGAAACAUUUACGAAACGUGUCGACCAAUUUGAACGAGUUUAAGGAUUAUGUUGAGUUGAGUGCCACUGUUGCAGACAGCGUCAAACGCAAGGAUUACGAGACACUCGUCGAGAGCUAUAACCGAGCCAGGAAAUUUGCAGACGAGGCCAAGCAACUCUCAAGAGAACUCAACGGACAAUCGCCAAGUGACAAGCAGCUGUACAAACUGGUCCUUGCUGGCCGCAUGUGGAACGAUGUCGAUCAACAAAUACAGACGUUCAAGAAGGAUAUGUGGAAGAAGCUAGUUUCGCUGCACACGUCAAGAGCAGAAGGCACGGGUGGUAGACCACAGGACCAGCAUAUGGAGCUGAUUUCAUUGUUACUUGAACUUGGCGUCGAGGAUAACCCCAUCUGGGUGUGGCUCCUGAGCAAGUAUGAUCACUUGAAGAGCAAAAUGCAAGCCUCGGCAGAUCGGUCCAAGAUUGAAAUUGAAGUGCUGCGGCGCAGACUCGCUAACAGCGAGAAGCCAGAGCCUCACAUCUUGGCAUCAUACCUCCGAACCCUGGGGCGUCAACCUAUCGACGGCAAAAUUUCAUCCACGGACUCUACAGACGUCAUGGAAUUAUGGGACAAAAUGCUUGCUUUCUUGACGAGCCUCAUUUCCUCGCAGGGUAUACUGGGAGAAUUGGUCGAGUUUUGGCAAACCGCUCAAGGAUUUAUUGACGGCAAAACACAGCGUACUCUACCCUUGGGAUACAAUGGCGAAUCUAGAGAACAUCAUCAGCUAUCGACACAAGCUGUGAGCGACCUGGAAAAGGGCAUGGUCGAAUUGGUUGACAUCCUGCGGGACCAUGUCCACGCCUUCUUCGUUGAUGCACCUCCCGAAGACAUCUCGCUGCUAUUCUCACCUCUCCCACUUUCUCCAAAUUCGCCAGCUUCAGCAGGCGGCAUCGGAGGCUCACUCACGCCCACAGCGCUUCGCGACCCCAGAUUCAACUUUGACUCCAACAACCCACCGCCUCCGUCUCCGAAAAGGGGCGAGUCAUGGGAGAAGCUUGCUUUCUGGCCGCCGUGGUCCAAUUCCAUCAGCGGCGUAGAAUACCUGUCAAAAAUGCUUGCGCUUGUCGGAUCCGGAGCCUCUGAAAUGGCCAGCUUCAGCCCUGUCUCCUCUGGUGACGGCCGCGUCGUCGAACAGCUCAAAGCUCUUGUGGGCACAUCCCGAGAGCGAUGCGUCACUGCCCUCUGUGCCGCCUGGAAUCGGGAUGCCGAGAACAUAAAAUACGUCGAGGAUUGGCAGCGGCCAGCUGACUUGGGCGAUGUCACACGGAUGCCCACCACCUUCGCUGCGUUUGAAGGCGCACUUCUGUCAGGCAUGCAGAAGAUUCUCUACAUUCCUGAAGCGAUGGAGAAGCCUGGCGCGGAAAAUAUCGUCCUCCCGCCGCCUACGAAACUGCUGCAAAUGGUUCGCAGUCAAUACGUCACCACGCUGUAUAAGGCGCUGAGUGGGAUGGUUGAAAAUGCAGAACGUUCCCUCAAGAAGAAUGAGGACGAAUGGACAAACUCUCAGGAUAUUUCAUUAGCACACGUCCCCACCUCCGUCACCUGCAAGAGCACACUCGACGCUGGCGAUCGAAACAUCCGCAUGCUCCUCACCCUGAGCAACCUCCAAGCCCUCCGUUCCCAAGUCGUCCCCAACCUCAACUCCCAAUUCGAGAACGCCUUCUCCGUCAAACUCACCGACGAAUCCAAAACCAUCCGCGACGUCCUCGGCCAAAUUGACGCCCGCCUCUUCCAAUCCUACACCAAGCAAUCCAUCGAGAAGCUCCACGCCAUCAUAUCCCCUGGCCUCGCUCUCACCGACUGGGCCCCCCAGCCAAAUACCCGUCCCACCAGCGCAAAGCCCUACGUCUACGAAGCUCUCCUCGCUCUGGUCCUCGUUCAUUCCCAGGUAUCAACCACCGCACCCUCACUCACGCCUCAGGUUCUGUCGUUCUUGCUUGAACAAACAUCCCUCCAGCUGCUUGAUGCGUUCCGCAAACGACCGCGGUACUCCCUCGAGGCGCUCAUGCAAGCUACUCUAGACGUGGAAUUCGUCGCCCAAACUCUAAGUCAGUAUACCACUGAUAGGGCGUCGGAGCUACAGAGCCAGAUAUACCAGGAAUUAGACGGACGUACAGACAACGACGCUCGUGCUAGGUUGCAGAGCGAGUUGCCAGAGAUGAGGAGCGUUCUCAAGAAGUUACGGGAGGCGAGUAAGAAUGAAUUUGCGUGUUUUAAAAAGCAAAAGAGAUCGGCCCCCAAGGUUGAUCCAGCCGCAUCUAGUUAG